GAACCGCUUGGCCUCUCCAUCCACGCAGGUCAGCGGGGGAAUCACCACCUUGGCUCACAGGGGGCCACUAUGGACAUGGAGCCUUUGACGAUAGCCGCUGUCCAACUGCCAGUACCACAUGCGAUCCGGCAGUACAACUUCAGCCGUGCCUUGGCUGGUCUGUACUUCGUACCAAUGCCUGUACAGCACCAGCCGCCGGCCACUAACCGCCUUGAGCCGCCGAAAAUCCAGUCGACAAUCCACUCUGAUCUGUCAAAUCUUCUCGUCACCUUUCCGCUGUCUGCUGUAUCUCUCAGGCCAGGCGCGCAGCAUCUUGCAUUCUAUCAGGCCGCCGAGAAGCUCACCGCCAUGCCGCGGGCGGCUUCGUCAUGCUCGACAUAUGUCGACGGCAGCAAAGCGACUGAUCCGCGAUCUGGCCUAAGGCAGCGGCCAGCUCAUGAAAUCGCACAACCAGCUCGAUGCUGGCAUUCCGAGGCGCCAACGAAGCCAGUGCUGGAGAAUCUCAUCCCGAGCUGCAGCAUCGCCAAGGGGGUCCUGUCCAAGGAUCAGUGGGACAUGGAAAGAGACGAAAAGGAACAAAGGGGGUCCCCCGGCCAGUUCCGGUGGCUCAUUGCCUAGGAUCGCAGCCGCCUGAUUGACUGGAUGCUCUUGUGCUCCUUGCAGCGCCGUUCAUCUCGCCAAAUGCUGUGCUCGCCUCGCCUCGCCGCUCUCUGGCAGUA